UAUCUAGAAGGCGAAGAGAGAGAGAGCACUUUACAGCCUAGUUUUUCUCUUGUUCCUCAAAAUAACAUGACCCACCAUGCCUUUAAUCUCACCAAACUCACAAAAAUCGUAGCAUAAUAUCUGUUUGAUUCCUUUCCUCCUGCACUGCACCUUGAUCUUUUCUUGGCAUGGGCUAUCUUGUUGAAUCUCUCUCCGCUCUUUUCUUUCUCUCAAUAAUCCCAGUCUCAAGCCAGCUGAAUGAAUUCUUGUACUCCGGAUUCAAAGAUGCUGCCACCAACAUAACCUUGAGCGGGGUUUCAGAGAUUCAAAAAAAUGGUAUACUUCGCUUAACCAAUGAAACUAGUAGAUUACUGGGUCAUGCUUUUUACCCUUCUCCAUUCAAGUUCAAGAACUCCAGUAAUGGCACAGCUUUGUCCUUUUCCACUUGUUUUGUGUUCAUUAUAGUUCCCGAGUAUCCAAAACUUGGAGGCCAUGGUCUUGCUUUCACAAUCGCAACUACAAAGGAUCUAAAGGCUCUUCCAAGUCAGUAUCUUGGCUUACUCAAUUCAAGUGUGGUUAACUUGACAAAUCAUCUUUUUGCUGUUGAAUUCGACACGGUUCAAGAUUUUGAGUUUGGUGACAUUAAUGACAACCAUAUUGGUAUUGAUCUCGGCAGCUUGAAGUCUAACGCAUCCGCUUCUGCUGCGUAUUACACUGGUGAUUCCGAUUCUUCAAAGCAAGAUUUAAACCUUAAGGGUGGAAAGCCAAUCCAAGUUUGGAUCGACUACGAUUCAGUUCAAAAUGUUGUCAAUGUAACUAUUUCGCCUACUUCUAAGAAACCCAAAAUUCCAAUCUUGUCUUCUCACGUAGAUCUGUCGUCUCUGUUUGAAGAAUAUAUGUAUGUGGGUUUAUCUGCUUCAACAGGUUUGCUUGCUAGUUCACACUAUAUGCUGGGUUGGAGCUUUAAGUUAAAUGGGCAAGCUCCAGCUCUGGAUCUUUCUUCUUUACCUUCACUUCCAGCUGGUCACAAGAAGCAGUAUACAGGUUUAGUAAUCGGUGUUUCAGCUGCAGUUGUUGUGUUUGUUAUCAUAUCAAUAUCAACUGCUAUUUAUCUGAUCAGAAAAAUCAAGAAUGCUGACAUAGUAGAAGAUUGGGAGCUGGAAAUGGGGCCACAUCGAUAUUCUUAUCAAGAACUCAAGAAGGCAACUAAUAGUUUCAGUGACAAGGUGCUCCUUGGAAAAGGUGGUUUUGGCCAAGUUUACAAGGGGAUAUUACCUGAUUCAAAGAUUGAAGUUGCGGUGAAGCGAAUUUCUAAAGAAUCAACACAAGGUUUGCGGGAGUUUGUAUCAGAAAUUGCUAGUAUUGGUCGGCUUCGCCAUCGAAAUUUAGUUCAAUUAUUAGGUUGGUACCGCAGAAGAGAUGAUUUCCUUCUUGUUUAUGAUUAUAUGGCUAAUGGUAGUUUAGACAAGUUCUUGUUUGAAGAGCCAAAAAUGAUCUUAAAUUGGGAGCAGAGGUUUAAGAUCAUAAAGGAUGUCGCUUCUGGGCUUCUCUAUUUACAUGAAGGCUACGAGCAAGUGGUAAUUCACAGAGAUGUUAAGGCCAGCAAUGUUUUGCUUGAUGAAGAGCUAAACGGUAGGCUUAGUGAUUUUGGUCUUGCAAGAUUAUACGAACAUGGAGCGAACCCAAAUACGACCCGGGUUGUGGGUACAUUGGGUUAUCUAGCCCCAGAAUUGCCAAGAACAGGAAAGGCCACAGAAAGCUCGGAUGUGUAUGCGUUUGGUGCACUUUUGCUUGAGGUUGUGUGUGCGCGGAGGCCUAUUGAACCCAAAGCAUUGCCUGAAGAACUGGUGCUGGUGGAUUUGGUGUGGGAGAAGUUUAGAGAAGGGAGAGCCCUUGAUGUGAUAGAUCCUAAGCUAAAUGGUGAAUAUAACGAAAGCGAGGUGAUGAUGGUGAUCAAAUUGGGUCUAAUGUGCUCCCAUAAUGCUCCAAUGGCAAGGCCUAGCAUGAGGCAAGUAGUGAGGUAUCUGGAUGAGGAAGUCGGGAUUCCUCAAAAUUUGAGGGAUCCAAAUGGUGCAUAUGAAGGAGUGAAGGGUAUGAGCGAGGUUUUCGAUGAUUUUGCACACUCCUUUGCUUCGUCCUCAUUUGAUAAAAUGAGCACAUGUUCUUUCAUGGAAAAUGGUGGUGGCGGUGCUAGUUUUGCCUCACUUUCUACUUCCCCGCUAUCACUUCUCCGUGGUAGGGGGGAAACUGGGUAGUGAAUGACUCAGGUUGACAAGAAAAGUUUUUCUUUCUUAUUGCUCUGCCCAUUUUGAUUGGCAUGUGUCUUCUGGGAAAAGAUUGUUGAGACUGACAAAUCAUCUCUUACCACAGUUCAUAUGAAUGUCGAAGUUUUCCAAUUUACAGGAUAACUAUAUGCCGGCCCAUAGUUGUCCAGCCAUAACAAGUUUCAUUUUGAUUUUUGCCCUCUAGUAUUUUCCCUGUAAAAUAAAACUGCAAAUCGUGCCUGUGUAUGAAAGAGUAUCGAGGCUACUUGAUGAAAAUGAGGAGUUCAUUUAUGGGUUCUUUUCCCCCUCCA